ACAACAAUUCAACAAAGGCCAAAAGUGCAAGGCUGGCCCAGCCAACACGUUAGAUUCUAGGCCUAUGCAUACAAAUUACAAUAUUUGCUUACAUAAUUGUCACAUGUGGAUGUAUCAGUUUUCGAGAAACGCAUCUUGUUAACUGAAAACAGCAGUGUACCGCUAGAUCUAUAAUUUUUAACAGACUACUGUUUUGAAUAAUAGGCUAUAACUAUAUUAUAAUAAUAAUUUUAUAAUAUUUAAUAUAAUGUCUUACCACGAACCUGCAGCUUUUAAAGAGAACUUCAGAUGGGUGGGGCAGCAAGCUGCAUCUGGUCUGACAAUGGAAAAUCUCACACCAGUCAGCUAUCAGGUCACCACUCAUGGAGGAUUUGCGUAUGAUGCAUACAAUGCAAGAGCAAUGCUAAACCCUUGGAAUGUCCUGCGUCUGAUAGAGUGUUCCCGGGCUGUUGGCUGGUGGAAGACUUCACUAAAUGAAGAAACUGGUCCAUUUAUGGAAAUAAACAAGUUGGGUCGUAUGUUUUUCACUGUUGCUAUGUCAAUGAAAUUCCACCCAGAGGUUUAUGAUACAAGUGUUGAAAAGCGGCCCAUAACCACUCACAACGAAAUGGCACAUAUAGGGAACACGUCGUUCAAGUACAAGACAGCAGUUGAAUUUGGGGAUGCCAAGAAACCGUUAGUGGAAGUAGAGAAUCAGUUUGUGUUCAUAGACCCAGAGUCUCGCAAACCCUGUGGGCCAGAUGACUGGUGGAGGGCCAAGUACUCUUCCGAAAUGAGCCCGACAGAAACAGCAUUACGAAUUCCAGCUCUGCUAGAGCCGGAAAAUGGUGAAAUCUGGGAAGAGCAAAUCAGAAUCUUGCCCAGCGACAUUGACCCGUAUAUGCAUAUGAGUUGGGCUCAUUAUGUGAAAUACUGUAUGGAUGUGUACACGCUCCGUCAUGUACGUUUGCAUGGAUACACUGGAAAUGGAGACCCUUUUCGCAUGGUGAAGUUUUUAGAGGUUAACUACAGAGGUGAAGCAUCAAUGGGUGAUUUGCUGAACAUAAAGUUUUGGAAAAACUUUGAUAAUGAGAAUAUAUAUAAUUUCCUGUUUGUAAAAGGUGAUAAAGUCAUCUUUGAGUGUAAAAUGGGCUUUUUCCCCUUGGUUAAGUCAUAGUGAUCCUUACUUGUUCUCCUCCUUCCCCUUCUUUCCUCAGUCGGCCCUCAUAAUAAACUGAUUCAAAAGUUCGCACGAGCAAAUCCAGUUCCAGACUGAUUUAUAUUCACUCGGACAUGCUUUGUUCAGUCGAUGUUGGUCAUUGUUAAAGAUUUUAUUAACUUUUAUCUGAACACGUUUUGAUAUAAUAAUAAGAAUUCCUUCUACCUUAGGGGUGUUGCAUUUUAUCUUCCGUGCUUUCUUUAUCGGAGUAUUAACUUUUAUUUUAUUUUUAGAUGUGACAUUUCCACCCAAGAAUGUAAUGCUGAAAGGGAUGGUACUCUGCAUGGUAGCUGUGUCAAAGAUCAAAAGUAUGGUCAGAGAAGAUAUUAAAUGAUUGUUGUUUUCUUUUUAAAAUGCAUGCGCUGAUUUUCUUUCUUAGAUGUGAUUGUGAUGUGUUCAUACCAGGUAGACAUGUCACCAGUUGUCAUUCCUUAGUAUUUGUAAUGAGAGACAAUUUAAAGUUAAUGUUCCUUUAUUUCAAUAGGAAGGAUUUUUUCAUGAUUGUCUUAAGUCAAAAAUUGUAUCUUUUGUUCUGUCUACACAUCCAACAAGAGAAGAAUAUUACAACUAUACAAAAGUGAGAACUCUUCGAUACAAACAUUUUGUCUGAGUUAACUAGCAGGCCACUGGGCUAUAGAGACCUACAAGAUCUAGUACUAGUGAUGUAAUUUACGGUACCUAUAUCUGCAAGUUUGUGGUUCAAAUUUGAAUGAAGUUUUCUCUUUCAUUAUGGAUAACAGUUGUUUGCCUCUGAACCUCACCACUGUUCAAAUAACUCAGUCUGUAUGUAGUACUAGUACAGUGGAAUCCUGUUAUAACGAGAGGGAGGGGACCGGUGCAAAAUGUCCGUUAAAGCAGGAUUCU